AUGGCCUCUAAAACGAGAAGCCAGCGAACUCUUUCCCUCGGACAUACCGAGAAGAAUGCCAUGGAAGAAGCUCUAGACGAUGGAGUUCUGCGGCUCAGCAUGCGAUACCGCGAUUUUACACUGUUUCUUGACUUGAAAGAUCAAUAUCACAAGGAGUUCCUAACGCGGCUUACCGAACACACCGAACAAUUUGGAUUCGACUGGGGAUUGCUGGAGCAAUCUAAACAGGAGCGGAUGUCGUGUGCUGAGAGCUUUCUGGGCCGGUAUGGGAUGCUGUAUUGGGGUAAGGAGGUGAACAGGGAGAGAUUCCUUAUGAAAGAUUCUCGAGCGGAUCCGGCUUCUCUUUGUAUCUAUCCGGAGAGGAAGAAGGAGAUAGUGCGUGUGAUUGAGAUGCUGCUGCAGAAGAAGGCUCGGAGCUUCCUCAAAGCUAAUAUGGUCAGUGCGAUGAAUAAGCUCUUUUGGUUGUGUGAUUUGAUACGAUGGCUGACAGGAAGGACAACGCAGAUACUUCAAACCCCGAGCGAUGCGCCUGCCAAAACGCUGUCUUCUUCGAGCCUUGUUCUCACCAACGGACUGGCAGGAAGCUUAUCGUCCAGGGUUGGCGACAACAAUAACCAGCUAGGAAAAAGAAGGGCCCCCGAUGACCUCGAAGCCUCGCCAUCACGGCUCAGAGGUGCAGAUGCCAGGGCCAUUAGGCCAUUUAGCUCUAUCAUUGACACUGCGAAAAACACCACGAGAACACAGGAUCUGGUCGGCCUGAACGGGGCAUCAAGAGACAUAAACCGUGCUGAAUACUCCGGAACCCCGAAAACGGACUCAGUAAUAGACAACCACUCAGGAAUCACCCCUGCAGACACAGCGCGUAUGCCCGAAGAUGCACUAAAACAGCAGACAAAGUUCCUGGUAUCCGCGUCAACCCAGCCGAACAUGGCGCCUGUUUGGGUCCCCUUCCAGUUCUUUCAAUCUGCAGCAUCCUUCAUAGCGCACAUGGCGGAGGAAUGCAACAUCCACGAAUGGGACCCUAGCGCUCAACUGACCAAGGAGAUCUCAAAGUGGGACAGCAGUCCUCCAGCACCGCAAGCAGUUGUGGCGGCGUCCGUCAAGUUCGAGUGGUCGGAGUUUUUCAUAAGGGUACGCCAGGGCAGGGAUGACGACUGGGAAUUUGUCAUGCAGGAACUUCGCAAUUCAUGGAGAGUCAAAGGCGAGGAUGGAAGCGAGGCUGGAAACCAGCGAUUCCACAUCCGUGUCAUGCUUCAUGUUGUCUCCUGA